GGGAGGAGGAAGAGAAAUAAAAACAGUCAGCGAUUACAGACAUUCUUUACCGGCAUCUUUGGGUUACAAUUCUCACCCAAAUAUACUUUCAAUGGCACACUUUGAGGGGGCAAGGAGCCUCUUUGUUGGGGGAAGAGUUGACCCUGGACCAAUUUUAUAAAAAGAAGCAGGGCAAGCCGCAGCACAUUUCUUCCCCCUUCACUGGUGUGGAAGAAUGGGGGCUGGAGCUUUGACCAUCUGUCACAACAAUGCGGCGGUGCAGGUGAAGGAGGACAUGAAAAAGAUGGUCCAGAUGCCCAUGCUGAGACCCAAGUCUGUGUCGGCCAAGCACACCAAGCUGUUUGGGGCGUCCCUGUCAGAGUUGCAGGAAAACGGACUGAUGGAGGACGGUGUGCCUCUGGUGUUGAGGAGGAUGGUGGAACACCUUCGCAAGAACGCUUUGCAGCAGGAGGGUUUGUUCAGGGUGAACGGCAACGUCCGUGCAGUGGAGGCCUUGAGACAGCGUCUGGAGAGCGACGAAGAUGUGGACAUGAGUGAUUCGGACACGUGCACUGUGACCAGCUUGCUCAAAAAGUACUUAAGGGACCUGCCUCAGGCCCUGGUGGACUCUGCUGUCCAAAAGGAGCUGAUACUUCACUACCAAGAGUGUGGCGAUGACGGCUCCUCCACAGAUCUCAGGGACCUGCUGAAGCAGCUACCAGACGUCCACCACAGCUUGCUGCGUUAUCUGUGUCACUUCCUCACUCUGGUGGAGAGCAACCACGGGGAGAACCGCAUGACCGCACACAACCUAGCAACUGUGUUUGGACCCAGCAUCUUCCACGUGGCUGCAGGGUUCGAGGCCGUGAACGACCAGAAUAUCUGCAACAAGAUUCUGGUGCGGCUCAUCCAGAACUACAGCAGCGUGUUUGAGACAGAGAAAAAAAAAGAAGAAGAAACGGAGGAAUUGGCAGAUGUCAUCCUGGUCAAGGUUUUCACAAAGGCAGAAUCACAAAACCUAACCACGAGUACACGACCCAGGAAAAGGAAGGUGAGGAAAGCGACGACAAGUAACUGCGUCUCCCCCCAGCCCACCUCCCCGGCGGGCCUGCCGCCUCGGGGUGUAAGGCCUCUGCCCGUACACACGGUGUUGCCUCCGGCAUCAGAGGUCAUGGAGAAGGCUGCCCCGCCUCAGAGAGACACCCCGAUGCCUGCCUGUUGCCACGGCGACUUGGAAGUCAGGCCCUUCUCCGUUGGCAGGGAACCUCUCGGAAGCUCUCAAGAUGAGGAGAGACCGAUAUCGCCUUUCUACAUAAGUCCCCACUGCUCACCUGUGCUUCGCUCACCUGAAGUAGUAGACAUCCUGGACAGGACCAUACGUUCGACGGUGGAGCAGCAUCUCUUCGACGACCACCACGCCUCAGAGGGCGGCCAGUCGAACCCGAGGCGGAUGUCUCCGAGGUCUGCACUCACUGCCAGACAGCGGCGGCAUCAUCGCAGAGAGCAGCAAGAGGACGGCUUGAGUCACAGAGAAAGAAGCAGAGCUGACACCAACAAGGAGAACAUCCCAUCAUCAGGAGGCGGUAGGAGAAGUGCGGGGGUGGACUCCGUUGGCGGCGGUGUGGGCAUAGACUCGCAGCUCGGCCAUAGCUCUCCGGUGGUGCAAGCGCCAAAAGCCAGGAAGUGGAAGCACAACCCCACGCUGGUGCAUCUCAACCAGGACGCCCACAAAUUGAAGGCGGCCGGUGGCUUGUCAACAUCUGAUAGAACCAGGUCCGUCCACAUGGAUCCAUUUAAGAAAAGGAAUCAUGCUUCAAGAAAAGAUGACCUUCCUUCUGUCACACAGACGCUCAGGAUGAAGAUCCAGGAGUCGCCCGUCGUUUGCGACCCCAGGGUCGGCGGGGGUGGGGAAGUGCGGGCCUCCGGGCCCGAGCGGGACAAGGCGAGCUGCGAGGACGUACCCCGGCUGGACCUGACGGCGCUGAGUGAGGACAGCAGCAACUGGGGAGAACCGGUUCCGGCGUUUUCGUCCCUGCGGAGGGACAGCACCGACCGCGAGGAGGCUCGUCUGUCGCCGCACGCCGGAGGCCUGCUGAUUCGUCAGCUGCUGGAGGAAGACAGCGACCCCAUGCUGUCCCCACGCUUUUACGCCUACGGGCAGUGCCAGCAGUAUCUGGACGACACCGAAGUGCCUCCUUCGCCGCCCAACGCCCACUCCUUCAUCAGUCGCAGGAGGAGUUCCUCUCUGGGUUCCUGUGACGACGAGAAGGAGGAGCUGACCACCGCCCAGCUCACUAAGAGGAUUCACGUUCUCAAGAAGAAGAUCCACAGGUUUGAGGAGAGGUUUGAAGAGGAGCGAAAAUACAGGCCUUCCCAUAGCGACAAAGCUGGAAACUCAGAGGUGCUCCGAUGGGUCAACGAACUGGCCAGGUUGCGUAAAGAACUGAAAGAACAAAAGCUGAUGAAGUCCGAGGAGGACCUUCCACCUCUGACCCGCCAGCGCAGCAACACGCUCCCCAAGAGCUUCGGCUCACAACUGGAGAAGAAGCCUCAGCAGGAGAAGGUGCCCAAGCCCCCCGUGGAGAGCACGCUGGAAAGCAUCCUCAAGAAGCUGCAGGAGAAGCGUGAAGAGGUCAACCGCCCCGAAGACAUCAAGGACAUGACCCGGGAGCAGAUUGGAGCUGAGAAACUGGCCCUGCAGAAAGCUCUUCUCUACUACGAGAGCAUACAUGGACGACCUGUGACGAAGAGCGAGAGGCAGAUCAUGAAGCCGCUGUACGACCGAUACCGGCUGGUCAAGCAGAUUCUGUGCAGAGCCUCCACCAUCCCCGUCAUUGGCUCGCCCUCCAGCAAGCGCCGAGGCCCCCUCCUCCAGCCCAUUAUCGAGGGCGAAACCGCACUCUUCUUCGAUGACGUCAAGGAGGAAGAAGAUGGAUCCGAGGACGACAGCGACGUUGUCAAGCCGCAGUUGUCCACGAGCACCAGGCCCGAACUGAGCGUGCUCAGCUUCCUGGGUCACGUAGAAGAGGAAGUGGACGGUUUCAUUUCUCCGGUGGACGAACUCUCGACUUGCAACAACAACGCCACCACCGACAUGCGACUGUCCAACCUGCACGCUGCCACCAUGGAAGAACUGGUGGAGCAACUCCAGGAAACCCGAGAAGAAAAGAAGAGAAUCCGCAAGAACCUCAAAGAGUUUGAGGAGCAGUUCUUUCGGCAAAAUGGAAGGAACGUCCAAAAGGAGGACCGCUCGCCACUCGCUGUGGAGUACAACGAGUACAAACACAUCAAAGCCAAGCUGAGGCUGCUGGAGGUUCUCAUCAGCAAAAGAGACUCCACCAAGUUCAUCUAAAAACUUCAUUUUGAGACUUUGACCUCAAAGCAAUCCCACUAAUCACCACUCGUUUAUUUCUCUCCUUCAUUUCAAGAAGAAAACCCAGAAGUCCUGAAAUGAAGCCAUCGUGUUUAUUCCUGAGGGAUUUUCCAUACGGGUGACUUGUAUUUGUCCGACGUUCAUCUCAACCACAAACACCAAUACUUUCUAGCAAAAAAUGAUGCGCUUUCUUGGCUGUUGGAAAACCGCAAGAGUACUAAGGGAGCCACGAAAAAGUAUUUAAGGUCGUACAGUUUCAUAAAAUACAAACCAGGGGAAAAAAUGUGACAGUUUGCGACCCCUAAGUCAUUUUACGACAAAAGUAAACGUAAUCAAGAGCUCAUUUGGUUCAUUUAAAUGAAGCAAAAGGGUAGCCAAGUGGCAAAGAACAAAUUGCGCAAAUUUGAAUUUUACGUGCUAAUUUUACGUUGCACAAAUGCUGUUGCAGUUUUACAGAAACAAAGGCCAACUGUUGACAUUGUUUGUGUAUCUUUUGUACCAGAAAUAAAAAUAACAUUGCAAGGAUUUGCAAAACCAAAAUUCAGAUUGCCAGUAUUACUUUCACGCUAAAAAAAAAGACGCAUUAUUGCCAAAAUUUGUAAUUGAUAAAUUAAGUUGUAUUAUGUUUUUUUUAAUUUUUUAAAAAGAUGUAUUCAGAACAUUUUGAAAAAAAAAACGGCUAAUUUUAUGUUGCGCAAAUAGAAUUUUACAAAAAAAAAUGGCAAAUAAACGGCAAUAACUUUCCUAAGAGAAAUAAAAAGUUUUGCAAGACCAAAAUUCAUUUUGUAAAUUGUGAUAUGAUGCGGAAUAAGGCGAAAUAUUGCGAAAAUUUGCAGAUUUUAAGAGAAAAACAAAAUACGUUAUUAUGUCAUUAGUGAGACCACAAAGUUUAUGUGGCAAAUUUAUUUUUAAUUUUCCAAGAGAAAAAAUGGCAGAAUGUUGAAUUCUAUGAAUUUAAUUUUUUGAAAGUAAAUAAAGGAUGUACAUUCUUUUGAUAUUUACAAGACAAAAAUUAAAUCUUGCGGGAAUCGCGAGGUGUAAAUGUAUCUUGCACAAAUGUUACAAUUGUACCAGUCGUAAUAUUACGCUAAUUUGCGAGACUUAAAUUCUAACUUAGCAACCUAUCAAAUUCUAAAGGUUCCAUAUCUGCUGUUAUGUUGGGUGUCUUAAUGUAACAACUUUUUUCUCGUAAAAACACAAUACGUACAUAUGUAAUCGAGUUUUCCGACUUUUUUCCCUUCGCAAAAUAGCGACUCAUAAUUAUUAAUUCUGCAACUUUUGUUUUAUGAUACGCAAAAAACAACAAAAAAUGUUUACUAUUAAAAAAAAACAAAAACGUAAAAAAGCUACAUGCUUUUGAGUGGCGAGCAAAGUUGCCCAUGUGACCCUUUGGUACUCUUUUGGGAAGUAGCAGCCAAAAGCCUCAGCAUGUGUGUAUUUUAGUACCAUAGCAGAGUAUAUUUCCCGAUUUUGGUGUAUUUUCAUCAUGUCUGAGCUCCUUGCUGUGAUACUCAAAUUUGGAGUGAAACAUUAGCGAAAUCUCCCGAUGAUUUUCCUCCAAUGUUUUGCUGUAAAUAUGUAUGUUUACAUUUCUGUGAGCAACUGUAUUAUUUUCCUCUUUCUCCAAAAUGGAUGGAUGAUAUAAUCAGUGUGAAUUUCGUUUUUAUUGAAUGCAAACACUGGCGAGGCGUGGCGGACUUGGGAGUGUGUACAUUUUAGUACAUAAAUUCUAUUUGUAUUUUGUAUAUAAUAUCAAUGAAAAGAUAUUUUUACUCACUGGU